GCAACUACUGUGGACCCAAGUUUUUGGGGAUAUUAUUUAAUUCUUCCUCUCUUUUUUUUUUUUGGCGCUGUUGGCCUCUGCGAAGAACGAACAUCCUCUACCCCUCCUCGUCCCCUGCAACCCAAAAUCCAUUGAUACGACGGCGAUUCACUAAACCAAAGCCGGGAAUUAGGCACAACGCAACAUCAUAGGAUCGGGACUCCGUUGAGGGGAACAAAAACAAGAAGAAACAAAGCACAUAGAGAGAAUCCAUGAGAAAAUUCUCCCGGCUGCAACAACAUCAAGAGCUACAUUCAUUAUUCACUGCCUGUGCGCGUUAGACCUAGCAGCCAGUCCUCUCGCUUCCCGAUCGCCAUGUCCAGAUUUUUUAUGUUAGGAAAUAUAAAGAGAGUUGUAAGGUCGAUAAUUUUGAACCAGAAAACUACCCAAUCGGAAUUUAGGAAGUAUGGGACGGUAGUUACAGUUGGCUUACAUGUACCCCAAUACAGAUUCUAUGCACAGUAUAGAUCUCCUAGUAGAGGGCAUUCAUCUGUUGGAUUAUGUGGUGUCAAGGAUCAUGUAUGCCGGAGCUAUUUUUCCAGGAAGUACUCUGUUGUGUCGGCAAAUAACGCGGUAACACACCAUGCUCAACUUGCUUGGAAAAGGUUUUUCAGUAAAGGUUCUGCCAGUGGCCGUACUUUCCCCAACAUAAGCAGGAUUGCUCAAGCAGUCAGCUUGGCUUUGACACGUUCACAACUAGUUGUUCCUGGUGCUUUUGCAAUCACAUGUGGGCAGGUGGCAUGGGCACAGAGAACGUUGGCAGAAACAGACUGCUACCCGUUACCGAAUUCUUUGUACAUUCGAGCCCAAGAUGGGCAUGCUUAUGUGAUCUCAUUGGUUCUUGCCAUUGUGGAAGGUCUUAUUUUGCUAAUAAGAGCUCUAUAUUUGGGAAUUUUGUUCUCACCCAGCUUAAUUAUGGCCCCGUUUGCAGAUUGUUGUGGACCACAAUUUAGGAAAAUAUGGCUUGAGGUUGUUCAUCGCACUCUAGAAAAAGCAGGUCCAGCGUUCAUAAAAUGGGGUCAAUGGGCAGCAACACGGCCAGACUUAUUUGCUAGAGAUUUAUGCACAAAGCUAUCGGAACUACACACAAAAGCUCCUGAACAUAGCUUUGCUUACACAAGAAAAACUAUUGAAAGAGCAUUUGGUCGAAAACUUACCGAGAUUUUUGAGGGAUUUGAAGAGGUGCCUGUUGCAUCAGGAAGUAUUGCUCAAGUGCAUCGAGCCUCUUUGAGAUUUCGGUACCCUGGUCAAAAGCAGGUGAAGCCUAUGGUAGUUGCUGUAAAAGUCAGGCAUCCUGGUGUUGGUGAAUCAAUUAGGAGAGAUUUUGAGAUAAUCAACUUGGUAGCUAAAAUAUCAAAUUUCGUUCCUACUUUGAACUGGUUGAGGUUGGAUGAGAGUGUGCAGCAGUUUGCUGUUUUCAUGAUGUCUCAAGUUGACCUUGCUAGGGAAGCUGCACAUUUGAGCCGCUUUAUUUAUAAUUUCCAAAGAUGUAAGGAUGUUUCCUUUCCAAAGCCUGUAUACCCACUUGUUCAUCCUGCUGUUUUAGUGGAAACUUAUGAGCAAGGGGAAUGUGUCUCACACUAUGUUGAUGAAAUUGAAGGACACAAUCGAAUUAAAUCUGCGCUUGCUCACAUUGGGACUCAUGCACUUCUGAAAAUGCUUUUGGUAGACAACUUUAUUCAUGCAGACAUGCAUCCUGGAAAUAUCCUUGUUCGGGUGUCUCAGAAGUCUUCUCGUAAAGGGCUUUUUAAAUCAAAGCCCCAUGUCAUUUUCCUUGAUGUGGGUAUGACUGCUGAACUUUCCAAGAGUGAUCAAGUAAAUUUAAUUGAGUUUUUUAAGGCUGUUGCCUGUCGAGAUGGCCGCGCUGCAGCAGAGUGCACACUGAGAUUAUCAAAGCAACAGAAUUGCCCAAAUCCAAAAGCUUUUAUUGAGGAAGUGGAAGAGGCAUUCACCUUUUGGGGUACUCCUGAGGGUGAUCUUAUUCAUCCUGCUGAGUGCAUGCAAGAAUUACUUCAGAAAGUCAGGCGCCAUAAAGUCAAUAUUGAUGGCAAUGUGUGCACUGUGAUGGUCACAACUUUAGUUCUUGAGGGCUGGCAGCGGAAGCUGGAUCCUGGAUACAAUGUAAUGCAGACAUUACAAACACUGCUUAACAGAGCUGACUGGGCAAAGUCUCUUUCGUACACAAUUGAUGGGCUGAUGGCACCAUGAGAAGGUUAUUUUCCAUGCUGUUCCCAGGAAACAAUUUUGACAGUGUCAAGUAUCAAAAUUAUACUGCUUCUAACUUCUAAGAAAUAACAAGAGUUUUGGUUCAUAUCAAAAUUUUGAGCACUUUUAUUUUCAUUGCAAAAUUUUGUCCCUGUAUUUACUUAUUCUAAUUGAUGUUCCGUAUAGGAUUUACUCUUACAUCUUAGCCUGUCAACUUGCGAGCAAAAAUGUGAUAAGCAAGAAUUUAAUCA